CCGAAUCGGGACAUAUCCAAGUGAUAAAUUAUUCCGAUAAAAAAUGGAAAAUUCGAAUAAUUUUUAUAAUUGCAUAAUAACACUUUCACACUUUUUCAGCAAGUUGGAUUCUUACACGCCAAGUUGUGCCGCACCCGUGAGUCUGUUAGAAAGCGGGCUGUACGUCCCCAUCGCCCCGCUCGACGAUGACUACAAACUUCCCUACUGGUUCAACUCAACUUUGUGGAAUAUUGGACAAAAAUUCGCACAGAAAAAUAUUUUCUCCGUUUUUCUAAGUCCGAUUGCGGGAGCAUCGAUGUUUAUUACGAACAAGUUGAAAGAGCCAGUCGUCAUUGGGACUGGGAAAUCGGGAACGCCACACACCUCAAAUGUCCGCUACUUGGCUACCAUGCUGCAAAUGAAGUCCUGGUUUGAACAAGGUGUAAAGGCCAGUUCCAAAGGACAAAUUAGCGACCAUAUAAUUAAAAGUUUAACAAAAGUUCGAAGAAUACAUCGCGCCGUAAACAGACUGAAUGCAAGCAUGCUCUAUGGCGACAGUCCGCCCUAUUUAGACCCACAUAACACUGAAGCAUUCACGUACGACGCCGCAAUGUGGGACGCCUUCCAAAAAGACAUGGAUGCUUCAAACGUUCCCCAACAAUACCGCGAUUACCCAGAUCACGUGAAAUAUUACUCCCCAAAAACCGCGGGUCCAACAAUGAACCAACUUUUGUUUAGUUUGGUACAAUGGGCGUGUGGUUCAAUUCCAAUUUUAAUGCCGGAACGAUUUGGAAUUAGUGAUGCUACGGAAGAGGACUUGCUGGGUUAUAUGCAUCUUUGGGCCGUCUUAGGAAACGGGUUAGGAAUUGAGGAUCGUUACAAUGUCGGACUUCAGCCGAGCUUAUCUGCAGCGAAGAAACAUUACCAGGACAUUUUUAACAUUUAUUUCCUCCCAACAUUGUUCCAAGCUAAGCCGGAUGGGCAAAGGAUGUUGGAACAUUUUUACCGAGGAUUCGUCCGGAAUUUACUAGGUCAGACUGGUGACAGCAUAAUUUCUGUGCAUCAAAUUCUACUGCUAUCGAUUGAGGAUACAAUUGGAAUUCCAUGUCCGAGGGUGAAAGCCCAAUUGGGUAUCGUCCAGCGUGCAUUUAGAGUGCCGUUGAGUUACGUGACGCAAGCAUUGGGACGCCAAACACCUAGGACCAUAAUUAACGAGCUUAUCAAGCGGAGGUAUUUUAUUUCCGGAGCGAAGCGGUUUUUAAAUUUGAAUGCAAAUGAUCCGGCAGAAAUUGCGGAAAAAUCGUAUUACUUUUAGAUCUCAAAUGAAAACUUUUGUGCUUGUGUUAUUCACAAAUAUGUAUGUAAACAGAUGUGUAUGUAUGUAGUUAAGCUUAUUUAUGGGUGCUGAUAUGGGCCAGUACUUAUGUAGGUACAUAUGUAGAUAUCAAGUAUUAUAGGUUAAGAUUUUUUAAUUCAGGGACAAUUUUGUGCAUCGCUGGUUAGCUUUUAUUAAAAGGUAAAUUAUCUAUUACAAUUGUAUAUGUAGCAGAUAUUCCGCACCAUAAUUUACAUAUUAAGUAUCUGAAAAUUACAAGUUUUUUUUGGGAAAUGAAAAUUUU